UAUUGUUGCAUUUUUUAAAACAUGGUUUGUGCUCUUGGUCGGUCCGCCCAUGAGGUCUUAGAAUCUUAUGUAGCGUACGAAUUUCCGGUCCGGUAGACUCCAUUCUCUCUCUUCUUCCGAGUACCAAUUUGCAAACAAUCAGUAAGAGAGAGAAAAUGGGUGGUGUGCGAGCACUGAUUUUGGACGCUUCAAUUCUUCUUGCCGAUGACUGCGAUGGUAAUGCCGCUCCUACUCUUCGUUCUGGUGCUGAUUUCCUCUUUUGCGCCCUCCAUUUUUCCCAAUUCCGUAAGGGAAUUCUUUUCGGAGAGGAUCUUUCAAUCGAUAAGGUCAAUCUUCUAGAAAAGAUGUCAGAAGUAUAUUCAUUCGAUUGUUUUAAAGUCAGUAUUUCUGCUGUGGAAGUUCUUAUGAAUGAAAUUGCUGUAGCUUGGGAUGAUGUUGGAAAAGAUGUUUUGUUUGUACUCUCCAGUAAGAAAGUGGAUCAUUGUCUUAAGCUAUACGAACGUGGGUUUUUACUAAGUAUACUUGAUGUUGAUACUGGAGGCGAUACAAAAAAGCAUCCAAGUGCCCAUUAUGUCAAGAAACUGGAAGAGCUUCCUUUGACUUUGUGCUGCUUGAACAAAAAGGUAGCUUCCAAAGAGGCUAUAACAGUUGGCUACUGUAUGAAGCCCUCCCGGCAAGCAGAUUUUGCUAAGAGAGGUGCAUUUCCACUGUAUUCAAUCCAGCAUGAUUUGAUGUUUCUGCCCCUCAGUUACGAUCUUUCCAUACCAUUGCAGCUGCAAGAAAUUGAUGUAAUACUUCAUAAAGCAACUGACGAAAUUUUAUCUGUUGAGCUGAACUUGUCACUUGCCCCAAAAAUUACCUACACAAAUGGUAUGGAAGAAUUGAGAAGGACCUUGCCGAGUCAUCCUCACUGUUGUGUUAUUGAUCCGUUCAAUAAUAUCUAUCCUGUUUUGGAUCGGCUCAAGAUCCAAUAUCUUCUACUUGGGUUGGAGGAUCUGAACAAGGAAGGCUUCUCAAAGAUUAGGGGUGCCCAUUUUCUCAAGGUUGACAGUUAUAAUGAUCCUAGUUUGACAGAUAAGCUAUUGGAGGCUAAGGUAUCCCUUCCAAGCAUAGUGAAACCUCAAGUUGCGUGUGGCGUAUCAAGUGCUCACAGUAUGGCAAUCGUCUUUAGUUUAGAAGAUUAUAAGGAACUCCAGGUGCCGCUACCGGCUGUAAUUCAGGAAUAUGUAGAUCAUUCAUCCACACUAUUCAAAUUCUAUGUCUUGGGGGAGAAAGUCUUCCAUGCAGUCAAAAAGUCUACACCUAACGGAGAUGUGUUGAUGAAAUUGUCCCAAGCAAAUCAGUUAAAGCCUCUAGUGUUUGACAGCUUGAAGUCCCUACCCACUGCCGAAAAGAAUCAGUUUGGAGAUGAAGCUGUUGACCUUGAGCUUGUAAAAAAUGCUGCAAAUUUGCUUAGGGGAAAGCUUGAUCUUACCAUCUUUGGCUUUGAUGUAGUUAUUCAGGAAGGUACUGGAGACCAUGUGAUAGUGGAUGUAAACUACUUGCCAUCAUUUAAGGAAGUACCGGAUGAUGUAGCAAUUCCUGCAUUUUGGGAUGCUAUCAAAAACAAGUUUCAGGAGGUACAACAGACAAUAAGCCAACCUCAGAAUGUCGAUACCAAAGAAACAUGAAUCCUAUAUAUGUGAGUCCUGCAUUUGGUCUACUGGAGGUCUCCAUAUUAAUGGUAGAGCGCUGUUAAGUGAACAAAUCUGUAAUGUUUGUGCUUGUGCUUUUUACCUUUAGUUGCAACAUGGGUGGAAUUUUGGAUGUUGGUGAAGCUGUUGAGGAAAUUUAUUUCUAUAAUGGUGAUUUCAUGUUUGGUAUUA